CGAAGCCGAGGCAGCCGACCCCGCCACGAUGCUGCUGAAGAAGCCUGCGGGAAAAGGAGGCGCCCUGGAGCCAGGCUCCGAGGACCCGAACCCCGCUGGGCAGCGUUGUGCCCGGACCGUGCCCCCGUGCGCAGCUUUGGCGGCCCUCCUGUCAGUGGUGGCCGUAAUGUCUUGUCUGUACCUGGGCGUGAAAACCAACGACCUCCAGGCAAGGAUCGCCGCUCUCGAAUCCGCCAAAGGGGACCCUUCCAUCCAUCUGCUUCCUGAUUGUCUGGAUCAGCUGAAAGCAGUGGUGCAAGAGAAAGUGGAGCGACUUCUGGCUCAGAAAUCCUAUGAACAUAUGGCUAAAAUAAGAAUUGCAAGAGAAGCACCUUCAGAAUGCAACUGCCCAGCAGGCCCUCCAGGAAAACGAGGUAAGAGGGGCCGAAGAGGAGAAUCUGGUCCUCCUGGUCAGGCUGGUCCUCAGGGCCCUCCUGGUCCAAAAGGUGAUAAGGGAGAACAAGGUGAUCAGGGACCUCGGGGUCUGCCAGGCUUCCCCACAGUUGCUGCUCUGCACAGUAAUCAGAUCCUCACCGUCAAGGGUGACCAAGGACAGGCUGGGCCUCCAGGGCCCCCAGGCCCUCCAGGCCCAAGAGGACCUCCUGGGGACACAGGAAAAGAUGGCCCCCGUGGAAUGCCCGGAGUGCCCGGUGAACCAGGGAAGCCAGGUGAACAAGGCUUCAUGGGUCCCCUGGGGCCUCCAGGACAAAAGGGUUCUGUUGGAGCACCUGGAAUUCCAGGGAUAAACGGGCAAAAGGGUGAGCCCGGGUUGCCUGGAACAGUAGGACAGGAUGGGAUACCAGGGCCAAAGGGAGAACCUGGAGAACAAGGAGAAAAGGGAGAUGCUGGAGAGAGCGGCCCCAAAGGUGACACAGGCGAAAAGGGUGACCCAGGAUCAUCUGCUGCAGGAAUUAAGGGAGAACCAGGAGAAUCGGGUCGUCCAGGGCAAAAGGGUGAACCAGGGCUUCCUGGGCUUCCUGGACUUCCGGGGAUAAAGGGAGAACCAGGUUUCAUUGGUCCUCAGGGGGAGCCAGGCUUACCGGGGUUACCAGGAACAAAGGGUGAACGAGGGGAGGCAGGGCCUCCUGGAAGAGGUGAGCGAGGGGAGCCUGGAACCCCUGGACAAAAGGGUGACCGUGGAGACAAAGGAGACGCUGGAACCCUGGGACCAAGGGGGCCACCUGGUCAGAAGGGGGAUCAAGGAGCCACCGAGAUCAUAGACUAUAACGGCAACCUUCACGAAGCCUUGCAGAGGAUUACCACCUUAACUGUCACGGGUCCCCCUGGACCACCAGGACCUCAAGGACUACAGGGGCCAAAGGGAGAGCCAGGAUCUCCAGGAAUCCCAGGAGUUGAUGGAGAGCAGGGACUCAAAGGUUCAAAGGGAGAUGUGGGGGACCCAGGUAUGCCAGGUGAAAAAGGAGGAAUCGGACUUCCUGGAUUACCGGGUGCCAAUGGAAUGAAAGGGGACAAAGGAGACUCUGGAUUGCCAGGUCCUCAGGGCCCUUCCAUCAUAGGCCCACCAGGCCCACCAGGGCCCCAUGGCCCACCAGGCCCCAUGGGACCCCAUGGACUUCCUGGACCAAAGGGUGAACCAGGGUUAAAUGGUGUUAAAGGAUUGAAGGGUGAACCAGGUCAAAAGGGUGACAGAGGACCCCUUGGUCUUCCAGGAGCAUCUGGCUUAGACGGAAAGCCAGGAGCCCGGGGUACAGAUGGCCCUAUGGGACCCCAUGGCCCUGCAGGUCCCAAAGGAGAAAGAGGUGAAAAAGGAGCUGUGGGAGAGCCCGGACCCAGAGGACCCUAUGGUCUGCCUGGCUUCCCUGGUCCACGAGGCGAGAAGGGUGAUGUAGGAGAAAAGGGAGAAAAGGGGGAAAAGGGAAAGAAAGGCAAAAAGGGGCCUAAAGGGGAGAAAGGAGAACAGGGUGCCCCUGGAUUAGAUGCACCUUGCCCAUUGGGACCAGAUGGAUUACCCAUGCCUGGAUGCUGGCAAAAGUGAUGAAUCUAACCUUCCGAGCAUGAAGUUGUAUAUAUAAUGGUCCACUUUUUAUAUUUAUAGUUGAAAAUUGAAUUGCAGAUUUUGCAAGUCUGACAUAUGUUUACAUAUAGCUGCUUCUUCCCGUUUGCAGUAGUACACAUGUCCAUCUUUUCUUCGCUUACAUCUGAAAUUGGGCGAUCUGUGAAACUAGUGAGAAGCCUGCAAAAAAUAUAGAUCAGUAUCUUAUCUCUUUAUCUUAUGUAAAAAUAUGUGUUUAUAUGGACAAAUCAUUGAUAGAGAAUGAUUGUCCUUGUUAUUUUCUUACUUUGGGCUUGUUAAUUGCAUGGACAAAAGGUGCCAUGAAAUAGUUUACAAGAAAUUGUGACCAAAUAUGGACUCACAACUAAGAAUAUGUACUAUACUGACUGAUUUUAGAGUUUAUCGUCACAUCCCUACUCACCUUCACUAUGACCAUUGAUUCCACACUACCCCCUGAAACUGACUAAAAAAGCAUGACUGUGUGCCAAACCUGCUUGUUUUUGUGCAUCAUCAGAUGCUAGCAUGCCACUUGAUGAAUCCUUUGAUCACAACUGAGCUUUUAUUUCUUUUGUCAUCUCAAGGGGGUUACACCAUGGCUUAUUGCCAAAAAGAGAUAAGGUGGCGGAGAGUACUCACACAAAUGGUCUUGUAUUUUGAGGGAGUUGCAGUCCCAACUGCAGAUCUACAGCUUCCAAUAUUGUGGGCUCACGUGGCCACCUUGGUUGAAAUAUCAAGGGUUUGAGCUGGUUGUGCCGCCAGUUUUCCUUGGGCUGCUCUUGGCAGUGAAGACCAGGAAAGAGGACCGGUUCAGCAUCCUGUGCUGCCUCUCGUGUGACCAAGUAGGAAAGAGGUUUACAAAUGCAGGCACCCAGAACAGCAGACUUUUAAAAAAAUGAACUGAAUUCCAGCAGCUGUGACCAUGGGUGCCUUUGGAAAAUGACAGAGACAUACAGCACUUCUUUCGGGUGGAAGAUUGUUGGAAUGGCAGCCCCUGUUUUUGAGGAUGAAGGGUGUUCCAUCAAAGUUCAGUUUGCGGAAGAAAUCACAUAUCCUGAGAAGGGAUUGCUCGAAAUAAUCUCUCCUGAAGAUAUAAGAAGGCUCAUCCCGCAAUUUCUACCAAAGCUAAUGUGACAGCUUCCCUUCUCUCCAAGAGCCAACCCAUUUCAAACAUUUUCUACAAAGUUCUAGAAACAGAAAGAUACUUUCUAUUCUUUUUAAUACUUUCUCUUUUCUUUCUUAGUCCAAGGAAUACUAAGAAAAGAUUUGUUGCAGCUUUUGUCAUAUUGCUUUGAACAAUUGUUUUUAAAGAAAAGUGUUGAAAUCCUAAUAACUUGGUACCAACAGCCACGAUGACCUUUUACUAACUUCUUACUGUCUUGUUCUGAAUAAUUGAAAAGAAUAUAAAAGAAACUCCACUUUCAGUUCAGUCAUUGUAAAGUAUCAAAGUUGAACAAUUUUUUCAGUACUUUUUGACAUUUUUUUUCAUAUGAGGACUAUAACAUAGUGAUUAUCAAUUAAGAUAAAAUCAAGAUUUGGUCACAUUUGAUAAUAUUAACUCAUUUCUGUUUUUUGUAGUUCUAUUUAGAUCUAAGUUUUGUCUAUAUUUAGAUUUCUUCAUCUAUUUUUUUUUUACAUUUCUAAAUGUUUGUCUUAUGCGCAGACCAAAUCUGAGAUCUCAGAAAGCUGUGAACUACAGUUGCCAAAAAGAGUAUUUUUUCAUCUACUUACUCAAAAGUUACCUAACUGUAUCAGAGUGAGUAAUUCUUUGCACAGUAAGGUGUUGGUAACAUGUUUUGAAAUAGCUUAUUCUAAGUCGAGUUCCAUUAGGAGAAACAUCAUCAAUGAGGAGUAGUUACUCUUUCAGCCCAUGGAUAAUAUGAUUUUUCUCCUGACUUAAUGCCAUUUUGUGGGAAAUUUUCUAGUUUCAUGCAUAGGUUUUCACCACCAGAGAGGAAAUUUGUUCAUCAUUGGCUUAUGGGAACAACAGUUAAGAUUAUAAGACAGGUAUCCUAAGAUCCUUAUGAUCUCUUUCAUGUUAUAUAACCAAAUGCUCAAUUAUAGAAAAUGCCUUCUUUUAUUUCCAUUAAGAUUUCAUGAUUGGAAAGAUUGGAAACUAUUAGAUCAAUCUAAUCAGUCACAUUUCUAGUAACAUUCCACACUCUGAAGCCAAUUUGGCAUUUUUAAAACAACAGAAGGCAUUUUUCUAACCAUCUCUGGUAUGACAUGGUUAGGAUAAGGUAUUGUUCAAUAUCUGAAACAAUUGUCUUAAAUGGAUUGGAAAAAUGAGCUAAAAUGGGUAGAAGUACAGUUUCUUCAGGAAAACAAACAGUAGCGUCUUGAGAAAAAUCUGGCGGCUGUAUUUCCUCCUACCUAUCUUUCCUUCUACUCCUCUAGAACAACCGGUAUUAAGAUGGAUCACUAUUUAAACGUGCACAGCUUCAAAAGAGAAUACCUCAAAAGAUAAUCAUUUUAUGUACAAAAAAAAAAUGUGUUUUUUUUAAAUACAGCCCUUUAAGAAUACUGUGCUGUCCUAUGUGUAUAUUGGGUUUUUUGCUUUGACUUGACCACAUUGACUUUUAUUCCAUGAUUAAAGGAAGCUGUAAACUUCCAUUGCGUUUAUUUCCUUGGGGGAAACAAAGGGAUGAUAGCACUCCUUUUUGUUCGGUGGAAUUACUAGGUCUUAACCACUAUGGAUAAUCUUAAACUUUUGGUUACUAAAAUAUUUUCAACCAUCCAUUUUGUCAUCAAUAUAGAGAUUCCUCACAUAAUUGCCAAAUGAACUAGUAAGUUAUGUCUGCUGAUAUAUGUGUUGGCAGCUACCUACUUUUCUUAGAUUUCUUUUUUUUAUUUUUUAUUAUUGAAUAGAGGAUUGAGAAAAAAAUACAUGAAAAACACAUUGGAAAUAAGUCAAGAUUAGGUCAUUUCUGAUAAGCAUCUUUUAAGGAUACCAAAUUGGUAUGUGUUUUAGCUUUAAAAUUGUCUUUCAUUCAUGUUGGUGCUGAUGUAUUUCUUUUCUUUUUCUUUAUGGACAGUGCAACUCUACUAUGGAUAAUUUCAUUUCUCUGUUUAAUAGCAUUCCUAAACUGUUAGUGUGUUAUUAUAUUUUUAAAGUUUAUGAAUUCGCUAUAAUUGUGGUUCAAUGGCCAGUCUUUCUUAACGUAAAACAAAACAAAACAUUGUACCUAUAGAUAAUGUGUCUUCACUUGGAUCAUGGAUCCUCUAAUUUCAUGUUCUUUUCAUAUACCAUAUGCCUUUUAUCAGCUUUCAUUCUCAUCUUUUAGCUUAUAUGAUGUGGUUAAGUGUGACGAAACCAGAGUUGGGCAAGUCUGCAUACAUUCAUAGUGUACCUAACACACAUAUAUGCCUAAAUUUUUCUUCUAGUUUUCAUUUGUAUUAUGAAAAGCAGUCUUGGAGAAUUUUUCUUAUUUGAUUUUAUAAAAAACAUGAGAAUAUCUUGAAUUUCUAUCCCCAGAAAAUUCUGUUCUCGAAUUUACUUUCUGUGCAUGAUGUUCUGAUGGAACAGUAAGAACUUAUGCAUCCAGAAUUUGUUCUACAUAAUGUCCUUUGCUAUUUUGGAAAAUGAUUGAAUCAGCAUGUCAGUACCUAUGGAAAAAUUGUCUUUGGUAUCUUAUAUUUUUAUCACUUAGAAAAUGAGUUUAAUUUUCCAAAGUUUUUAUGUUUUUUAAUGUUUCUAUGGUAGCAUAAAAUCUUAACACCACUUUUUUCCCCCCAUAUAUAUUAUCUUGCCCAGAAGUAAGUUAUGCUUGUGUGGUGGGUGGUGUUUUAAUAUCUUCUAUUAAGUAAUCAUAGGAAUUAGAAAAUAUUGAUGUUUUCUCUAUUUCUUGAUAAGCAAGUUAUAUUAAUAAUUAACAUCACCAAAAAUAAACUUUUCUAACUUCUGCCAAAACAAAAACCCUGCUAUCGCUAGAAAGUCAAGUCCAUAGCAACCUAAUCUUAUAUUCUCAUAAAUAACAAGUAAGAACAAUUAUAUGUGUUUUAUUCUGGCUAUUAAUUCAUUCCUAGUGGAAGGGACAUGUUUGACCAAUUAGGAUUCCACUGACCUUUACUCCCUACUUUUUUCCAUUUUUGUUGAAAUAUGUUCAUAUUGGCUAAAUUUACUAUAUGCCAUAGCAGAGAUAACGCUUCCAACUUAAAUUGUUAGUGGAUUUAGUUUUUGCUGAUCCAAUAUGGAAAUGUCUGAUUUUUAAAAAUGCAUUUAAAUGAAUAAGAUUCCCUGUGCUGCUUGUUGACAGAACUGUCCUUUUGGCAAUAGGAAGACUUUUUCAACCUGUUCUGAUUUGUUGAUUUAUUGAUAACAAAGAAAGUACCAUCAUUUCUCAAAAUGCAGGAUAUUUUCACAUGUCUCAGAAAUAUUAAUAAAUUGGAUUCACAAAAGAAUGUCUUACAUAUUGACAUUUCUGUGAAUAUUCUUUAUACUGUUGUAAAUGUUUCAUGCAACUUAACAUUUUUAAAAGAUGUAUGUAUCUGAUUUUCCUUUAGAAAAUAUAUUUUUAUUUGUAUUUUUUACAUUUUAAAGUUCAUCUCUAUGUGCAGCUAUUUUUAUAUUGCCAAAAAAAUCACAUAAAUAUAAAAUAAGAGGAAAAUGCAAAAAAAAAAAUAUUUUGGCAAGCAUUAUGCUGCGUAUUUUUCUUAAUGUUUUGUGGGCCAGUCUCAUGUAAUUGAUUAUUCUAAGAAUAUGUUGUGUCUUAUCACUGUAAAUAUGGCACAAACCUGUUUUUCUCAGUAGUGUAAAUAAUUGAAAGAUUGAAUUCUUUCUGUUUGAUUUCUUAUUUGAAUUUCAUUAUAAUUUCUUCAGCUGACAUUGCUGAAUCAGAAGAUGCGUGUGGUUUUCAAUUUCCAGUUUGGAGAUAAUUGCAUUGUGUUCAAUUUCUAAUUUGUUUUUAUUUGUUUUUUUAACUUGUUUACAGUGUUCCUAGUUUGUGAGAAGUUGAUCUUCAGAAUUAUUUUUACACUAUUUAUGACUUAUUUUCAUAAUGUAAAAAGUGUGUAAUUAUUACAAUAUUAAUCCAAACAAUGUUAAUGAAUUGUAUUGUUAUAAAGUUUUAUUGAUGUUCAUGAA